AUGGAUUUAAAUAAGGCUAAAGCUGAAUUAGUUCUACAUCAUAAAAUUAUUGAUAGUUUUUGGAGGCAAAAAGCCAAUCUCAAAUGGCAUCUUGAAGGUGAUGACAACUCUCAUUACUUCCAUACCAUUGUUAAAGGCAGAAGAAGAAGAAGAUUAAACAUUCACUCUAUCAAAGUGGAUGAUCAAUGGAUGGAAGGUGAUGAGAAUAUUGCUAUUGCUGCUGUCCAAUUUUAUGAAAAAUUAUUUGGCAAGGAUGAUAGGGACAUUGACAUGAACAUGAUCAACUUACUCCCUAGACUUAUUAGGGAGGAAGACAAUGAUAUGCAUGGCUUUUUCAAAUCUGAGAGAGGUGUCAAACAAGGGGAUCCCAUAUCCCCUUCUUUAUUUAUCAUUGCUGCGGAAGUUCUGUCCAUGCUCCUCAAUAACUUGUUUGACAAACCUGAAUUUAAUGGCUUCAGUAUGCAGCCUAAUGGUCCAAAGAUAAAUCAUAUCUCCUAUGCAGAUGAUAUUAUUAUAUUUUGUUCUGGUAAGACUGCUACUCUGAAGCUUAUUAUGGCUACUUUAACUCAAUAUGAGCUCAAUUCUGGUCAGCUGAUCAACAAAGAGAAGAGUUGCUUCCUGGUGGCUGAUGAUAUCUCUACUAAAAGAAAGAACAUCAUUCUCAGAAAUUUGAACUUCCAGGAGAAACAAUUCCCAAUUACUUAUCUAGGAUGCCCUUUAUUUUUUGGAAGGAAGAAGAUUCAAUAUUUUACAGAGGCUGCUACCAAAAUUAUUCAGAAAGUUGAUUCUUGGCAAGGCAAAAUGCUAUCUAUAGGUGGUAAGAUUGUUCUUAUCAAACAUGUCCUCAGUGCUAUGCCUAUUCAUCUGCUAUCUAUAUGCCAGCCCCCUAAGAAUAUUCUUCAACAAAUUGAGAAAGUUUUUGCCAACUUCUUUUGGGGUACUCAUGAAGGUAAACAUAAAUAUCAUUGGGCUUCAUGGGAAAAAAUGUGUCUUCCUACCAGUGAGGGUGGAAUAGGUGUGAGGAGCAUGAUUGAUAUUACUGAUACCUUUUCUGCUAAGAUGUGGUGGCAAUUUAGGACAAAAAAAUCCCUUUGGACUGAUUAUCUAAAGGCUAAAUAUUGCAAAAGGGUCCGUCCUUUGCCUUGGAAAAUUCAAUUAUGCCCGUUCUCGUGCUUGAGAAGAAUGAUGAAAAUUAGGCACAGAGUGGAUCAUUUUAUUCUCUGGCAGGUUAAUUCAGGUAACACAAAUUUUUGGUGGGACAAUUGGUCAGGUCUGGGCAGUCUUGCUCAGUUUGGAAUUCCCUCAAAAUCUAUCAAAACUAUGGUCUCAAGCUACAUUGACAACAACAGAUGGAAUACUUCUAAACUUUCUCUUGUACUUCCCAUAGAAGUGGUUCAUCAUAUUCAAGAAGUUAAAAUUAACCCUUCCUCUGCCUUUGAUCAGCCCAUUUGGACUGUUACUGCCAGUGGGAGAUUUGAUUGUAAUUCUGCAUGGAAUAAGCUCAGAACCCUUCAUAUCUCUUCUAUCAUUAAUAUGAUGAUUUGGCAUAAGAAGUGCCCUUUCAAAGUAUCUUUCUUCCUAUGGAGAAUCCUCAAAAACAAGACAUCGUUGAUGUUAAUCUUGGAAGAUUGGGUAUUAAUUUACCGUCUAUUUGUUCAUGUUGCGUCAACCAUGCUCGGGAAGAUGAAGAUCACUUGUUCCUCAAGGGCGUUAAUUGCCAGAAUGGUAUGGGAUUAUUUUUGCAAAAUGAUGGGAAUACCUAUGGUUCAAGGUAAUAUGAGAUGGAUGCUCAUCAGUUGGUGUAUGGCUAAGAAACACAACAACCUGGAAAAGAUGUUCCCUCAAAUACCUCCUUAUAUGAAAUGGUAUCACUUUUUUGAAUUAAUUGAAAAGGCUAGAAAUUCCUUCUCUAUAAUUCAAGUCAAAUGGAAUCCUCCUAACAAUGGUUGGGUGAAGAUUAAUUCUGAUGGCUGCUCUAAAGGUAACCCUGGCUUGAGUGGUGGUGGUGGUGUUAUCAGAGACCACCUGGGCAAUUUGGUGAUGGCCUAUGCUAUGAAUCUCAAUAUUCAAACCAAUAACUAUGCAGAGGCCAUUGCCAUGAAAUCUGGGAUUGAUUAG